UCAAUCCUCGGUCUAUCCAUUCAUCCAUCCACAUCCACAUCCACAUCCACAUCCAUUCCAUCCCAUCCCAUCCCAUACCAUCCAGUUACUUUUCAAUCCUGGAAUUAUCAUUUUCAUCCUUCAUCCUUCAUCCUUCUGCCAUCAUUCCGUCACAAUUCUAACAUCCGAUUGUCACUUUCUACCACCACCUACGAAAUAUACUACGAGAGAGAUAUUCCUUCGCAUUACAUAUCGACAUCCUUACCUACCAAAUCCUACAUCAUAUCAUAUUCAAUAUGCCGUGCGGACUCGGAGGCUCGAAAACUACCCAGAGGAAAUUGGUCUUAUUAGGGGAUGGUGCUUGUGGAAAAACGAGUUUACUAAACGUUUUUACAAGAGGAUAUUUCCCAACGGUAUACGAACCUACAGUUUUUGAGAACUACGUUCAUGAUAUCUUCGUCGAUGGUACACAUAUCGAACUUUCUCUAUGGGAUACAGCCGGCCAAGAAGAAUUCGAUCGAUUGCGCUCGCUUUCCUACGAUGAUACGCACGCAAUAAUGCUUUGUUUCUCCGUCGACUCGAAAGAUUCCCUCGAAAAUGUCGAGUCCAAAUGGGUAGGCGAAAUCGCUGAGAAUUGUCAAGGUGUCAAGCUCGUUUUAGUUGCAUUGAAAUGUGAUUUGAGGGAACAAGGUGCAGACGAUGAAGCGGCAGAGGGAACAGAAGGUGCAGAACCAAGGGAAAAGAAACCAAUGAUUGACUACAAUCAAGGCUUGGAGGUGGCGAGGAGAAUCAAUGCGCUCAGAUAUUUGGAAUGUUCGGCGAUGAGGAAUAGAGGAGUUAACGAGGCGUUUACGGAGGCGGCUAGAGUCGCACUGAGUGUCAAUCCAAAUGGGGGUGAUGGGGAUGGAAAGUGUGAUGUCAUGUAAAAGGUGUAUAAAGUUUGAGGUGACCUCGAUUUUGGAAAGAGGAUGCGACUUACUCUUCAUUUCUUGUUCUGGGUUUUGGGAAGGUUGGCGUUGGAGGUUUAAGCGUGCUUAGGUGGUACAUAAUUUUACU